CAAGACAAGGCGGCGGGGGUUAGGGUUCAGAGCCGUUCCUUCACCGGUCCGACCUCCACAGCAGCCAGCUUCUCUCUUGCCUGCCCUUCCAUUUCCUCAUAUGCGAACCCCCUCCUCAGCAGACAGAAGCUUCCGAAGAUCCCUCCAUCCAGGGCGCCAAAACGAUACCCAAAGCAACAUGGACCAGAAGAAGCACUCGGCCUGUGACGAAUGCCGCGCACGGAAGCUCCGAUGCACGGGCGAAGACUCGGGAUGCGCGCGGUGCGCAAACGACCAGACGCCGUGCCAUUACUCGUUCCAGAAACCGAUGGGCCGUCCAAGGAAACGCCGCCGCGCGAACUCCGAUGAUGGCGCCCCCCCGCUGCAUGUGGAGAUCCUGGAGGUCCAUCAGGCUCAUCCCGCCUAUCAUCAUCAUCCCGACAACAUCAUCAUCAACAACAACAAUAACACGCUACAUGUCCCGGCUGAUCCUGGACAUCUCGGUGAGAACUUCGAGCUACCACAUCUCCAGACUGUCCGGCAGCGACAGGAGCACAUGGAAAUCAUCCAGGAACAACUAGCGUCCAACGUCGGCAUAUAUCCGCCGCCGAAUCCGGCUCCGAUGUCGAUGUCGAUGCCGAUCUCCUCGGCCGACACCAACGGUGUCUUCAACUUCACGGCGAACUCGACACCGCCGGGCUGCAACCUCCCGACGUGCACGUGCAGCCUCGACCUCUUCAGCACGAUCACGACGCUGCAGACCACGCCCCCCACCUCGGACAUCCAGCACUGCCUCCUCAUCUCGCGGGGGGCGCUCGCCAACGUCAAGUCCUCGCUCGCGUGCACCUCCUGUCUGGGCAGCAUGACGAGCGCGUACUCGUCGUUCAUGCUUUUGUCGAUUGUGCUGCCGCUACUAGUCCUCUUCUACCGGCGCACGCUCGAAUCCAUUUCGCGCCUCGACGCUGCGUGGAAGUUCAUGGCCACCGCCGCCGUCAAGAAGGAGUUCGCCGAGCUGUGGGUCGUCGUCGCGGAUAUGGAACGCCUCUCCAAAAGGAAGCCGAUCGUUAGAGAUCCCGAUCGCGCCUGCGAAGUAGGCCCCGAUGGAAUGGAUCCUCCCCUCUGCCAGAAGAUAUUGAAUACCGUCAAGUUUGUCGCGUCGACGCUCGCUAAUGAUCUUUGAGUGCGCUUGGAAUCUCGUUUGCCUCUCUCCAUCCCUCUCUCCAUCUCGAUUUCUCCAUUCUAAUCUAGAUGAGCGUACGCAUGUCAUUUCCUUAUUCUCAUUCUCAUUCCUCUUUUUCUUUCGAACACAAUGUUUCCCGGGGGUCUGUACUGCAAAAUGUCGUUUUGGCUUUUUGUUGUUUCUGCACACACCAUUUUCUUUUUCACACGGG